ACUAGCAAAAUGGGAAACACGUGCAACUUGAUAUUGAAGAAAAUAAAAUCAAGGAAGAGAAAAAACUAAUGAAUGCAAGUACUUAACCUCCGUGACAAUAUGAUGUUUUUAUCAGGAUUUAUGUAUUUCUGUUCAUGUAUAUGCAUUGAAAAAAGAAGAGUGAAUUAAUCUCGAUUUACACGAGAAUCAAAUGCUCUUAUAUCUAUAUAUAGAAAGGGUGUGACUCAAUUUUUAAGCCCUUAUACAACAUGGGAUUUAAAAAAAAUUCGAAGCGCGUGCGGAAGAAUGAAAGUGAUACUAAUUUAAUGUCAGUUGUGUCUAUGAUUAAAUUGCAGAACAUGUCGGGAGGUAAAGCGAAGUUUUGGCGACGAAGGAAUGGUUCCAGUCGCAUGAGUUUAAUUUCUAACCAAAGCCAGGAAUCAAAAACGCUUGUGGACGUUGAAGAGGAGUUCCUGCACGCGGCAGAAUUUGGGGAUAUUCCGACAGUUAGACGGCUACUAGCAGAAAAUAGUGAACUCAAUGUUGAUUGUAUAGACGCUCUCGGUAGGACGGCGCUGAGAUUGGCUGUAAAAAACGAGCACCUUGAGGUCGUUGAAGUACUAUUAGAGAAGUCGAGCAGCCGACAUAUUUACGAGGCAGUGUUGCAGGCUAUCAGCGCUGGACAUGUCCAGAUUGCCGAGAACAUUCUUAAACAUAAACGUUAUCUUGAAAUAUGGAAAGAAAGAAAGAAGUUCGGGGAUGAUGACCACUUUUUCAAAACACAAUACGAGGAGUCACAGUUCUCCCCGGAUAUCACUCCGCUUAUUUUGGCGGCACAAAAGAACCAAUACGAAAUAGUGCAACUACUGUUAUUGCGGGGUGAUCGGAUACAGAAACCGCACAAAUUUGGGUGUUUGUGUCAGGAAUGCGUUAAUAAAAUGAAGUUUGAUCAAUUGCGGUCGGCAAAAUAUCGCCUCAAUGCUUAUAGAGGUAUGUCAAGUGAAGCCUAUAUAUCAUUGUCAAGUAAAGAUCCAGUGCUAACGUCAUUCCAACUGUCUCACGAGCUGAAAAAUCUGUCUAGAAAUGAGAAAUACUUUAAGCAAGAGUAUAGAGAAUUAUCUAAUCAGUUAAGUGCAUACGUGGUCAAGUUACUGGAUCGUGUGAGGACUCAGGAUGAGCUAGAACUUGUGUUAAAUAAAGCAGGAAAACCUAACGAAGAGAAGUACAGUUCACUGGCAAGACUGCGCUUGGCUUUACAAUAUGGAGAGAAAAAGUUUGUAUCACAUCCUAGUUGUCAGCAGAGGCUAGAUAGAAGCUGGUAUGAAGGUAUCGGCCCGUUCCUAAAGGCAAACAUUGUUAAAAGGAUCCUGAUGGUGUUUGCCUUCAUAUUGGCAUACCCGUUUCUCAAUCUUAUUUAUAUAAUCACACCAAAAACAAAAAUAAAGGUUUUAAAAGUUCUACAAUUCCCAUGGAUAAAGUUCACAGUGCACUCAGCAUCUUUUGUCGCAUUUCUGCUAAUGAGUGUCAUCUCAACGAGUGAGGACACAUAUAUCCUCCGCAAAAACAGCACGCUAAGCUCUGACUACCCUCAACUGUUUGAAAAAUACCAGGAGAUGAAGAACAGAUCUCCCAGUAGCUACUCUUAUGGAAAUGAUAUUCCUAUACGACAAAUGGUUCCUACCACAACACAACUAUUGAUUUCAAUCUGGGUUGUAGGGUUUUUGUACCAUGAAUGUACACAGAUUUACCACGAUGGAGUGAAGGCGUACUGUCUGUCGUUAUAUAACAUGGUAGAUUUCGCCAUGUUGAUCACAUAUACGUGUGCAUUCGGUUUAAAAUACCUCGUCAUGUUGAAGGUUCACCUGUCGCUAGAUUAUUUCCAGUCAACAAAUAUAACAGACAUUCUAAACAAUGACGAUCGUUCAACAUAUAUGCUGUACUGGAUUGUUGCAGAUCGUUAUUUCUGGAGCAAGUUUGACCCAAUCAACUUAUCGGAGGGAUUAUUUGCUAUCGCAAACAUCAUCAGUUUUUCAAGGAUAUCAUAUCUACUGCCGGCUAAUGAAGCCCUAGGACCUCUUCAAAUAUCGCUCGGGAGAAUGCUGGCGGAUAUCAUCAAGUGUCUAUGUCUCCUAAGUAUAGUAGUUGUAGCGUUCCUGAUAGGGUUACAAAACCUUUACUGGUACUAUAAUGUCCGGGAAAGCAUUGAAGUUGAGAAGCGGAACUUUGAAGUGAAAGCUCAAGAUGCGUUUGGAGAUACUGUGAAGACAUUCCGUACAAUAUUCUGGUCAGUGUUUGGUCGUGGGGAGUCGGAUGUUGUGACACUUGCAGAUUAUAACAAUAGUGUCACCGAGGACAUUGGCUACUGUUUGUACGGACUAUACAACUUCCUGAUGGUCACUGUUCUACUUAAUAUGCUGAUAGCUAUGAUGGCCCGUUCAUUCCAAGCUAUUGCAGAAUCGUCAGAUGUAGAAUGGAAAUUCGCUCGAAGUCAGUUGUACAUGGAAUAUAUGACCGAGGAAGACGUGUUACCCGUGCCUUUAAAUAUAGUUAGAUUACCACGUGCAAUUUUUGAGUGGAUAUUUGAUUGCUGGGACAAAGAUGAAGAAAAUUUAAAAAUUCCUGUCGAAAUGAACGGCACUACCUUAAAUGACAUGCCGGUCACUAGAAACGGUGCCGAUCAACCUUUACAAAGCGUUACACAAAUUGCUAGUCAACUAAUGCAUCGGAAUGACUCGGCGUCUAGUUCUGUUGACUUGUCGGCUGUCGACAUAUACGAGGGGAAUAUAACAGCGAACGAUCCAGCAUUAAUUGACAGGCCAAAAGUUAAUAGACGGCGUCACAUGCAGAGGAACAGUAUACCGGGGUUCCUCGAUGGCAGCAAAAGUUAUCAGCGUGUCAUGCAAAGAAUUAUACAGCGAUAUAUUUUCGAUAUUCAAAGGGAAGCAGAAGUCACUGAAGACGACUUUGAGGAGAUAAAGCAGGAUUUGUCAAGUUUCCGGUACGAGAUGUUGAAUGUUAUGAGAAGUAGGGAGAUGCAGUUUGGAGAGUUACAUAAAUCACUUUCAAGAAUAUCAUCUAGUUUAAACCUUGACACUGGAAGUACGCCCAGUAAUGGUGCCUAUGAUAAGAAGGUUUUGAGCAGUGUUCGAGACAAACUUUUGGCCCAGAAAAUGAGGAGGGCAGACUCGUUCCGCAAUGCUAGAACACCAUCCGAGGGAGCCCUGGACGAGGAUCCGACCCUUGACGAUGAAGAGGACGCUGGAGAUUCUAUUGAUAAAAGUGAGGAUGAAAUAGUUCAACAAAACCACCUGGGAUCUGAUAAAAAUGGUGGUGUCGAUAAUCCUGCAUUUGAAUAGAUACGAUUUUGAAUUUUGAUACUGAUGUUUUGGGUUAUAUAUUUUCUUGUUAUCCUUUAAGUGAUUGUUUUGUCGUUUUUAUAUACAUUGUUUUUACUUUUUACAUUGACUUAUUACAUUGUUGUUAUAUUUCUUUUGAAUAUUAUUUUAAGGUGUUUAUCUUUUUUCUGAAGGUUAUUUUAAGGUGUGUUAAAGAUCUUUUUUUGAUAAAUUAUGUAAGUUGUAAAAUUUGCACAAUAUUGUGUGUUCUUUAGAUAUUAAAUAUUAUGCGGGUUCACAUAGAAAUAAAAACAAAACAGUCGUAAUGAGUCCUAAAGUGAAAAAAUAACCAUACCUUAUUUCUGCGCGUAAAAUGGCAAUCUUAAAAAAAAAUAGAAAAAAGAGAAUCUGUGACUUACGUUAUGACACAUUAUUUGUAAAUUAAAAUGAUUAUAUAUUUUUGUAUGUAGAUAAAUAUGUUUUUUUUUUGUUUGUUUUUUUUACAUACGGAUAUUUAUUUACUUACAGUAAUACUGUUAAGAGGUUCAUUAAACUUUCAAUACAUUGUUUUUUUUAUUAAAAACACAAUUGUUCAGGACAUAUUUUGAAGUUAAAAACACUAACCAGUAGGAAACCAAAAGGAAUAACUUAAAAGAUGUAAAGCAAUUGAAUUGUUCGUUUGUUUUCAUAUUUUUACUUGCUUGAAAGUAAAUUUUUUUUCAGUAUAUUUAAUUAGACUUAUUUUGUUUUUAUAGAGUUUUGGUAUCAAUUGUCACACAUUGAUGUUUAUUACAAGUUAACCAUGAAAGAUAUGAACCAUAAUACAUCAAAUGAUUUGAUGAUCGUAUUGUAACCAUGAUAUACCAAAUGAUUUGAUGACCAUAUUGUAACUAUGAUGAUACUAAAAAAUUAUUUGAUGAUGAUAUUUUAACCAUGACAUAUCAAAUUUGAUGAUCGUAUUGUAAAUAUGAUAUAUCAAAUGUUUUGAUGACCAGAUUGUUACCAUGGCAUAUCAAAUUUGAUGAUCAUAGUGUGACUAUGAUAUGCCAAAUGAUUUGAUGAUCGUAAUUUAACCAUGAUAUACCAUCUGAUUUGAUGAUCAUAUUGUAACCAUGACAUAUCAAAUUUGAUGAUCAUAUUGUAACUAUGAUAUGCCAGAUGAUUUGAUAAUCGUAUUGUUACCUUGAUAUAUCAAAUGAUUUGAUGAUCAUAUUUUCACCAUGACAUAUCAAGACUUGGUGAUCAUAUUGUAAAAUAGAAUUACAUGUAUUGUCAUUCUUAAAACGAUUCUUACGACUCCAGAUUCAUUAAGCAUUGUAAUGAUAUGAAAGUUUCAUGCAAAAACCCGCAUAAAUGUUGUAUAAAUAUUGUCAUUCUUUGAAGUAUUUUUCUACUAUUGUUUUCUGUUAUUACUUGGUGCCUCAUCAAAAAUUCGUAAAUUCUAGUCUUUCAAUAUUUGUGAUAAUGUUGGUUGUACAUAUUUAUAUAUAAACAUGUUAACAUCAGGUUCAAGUCAAUUGAUGUCGUGUUUGUCUUUUUUUGUUCAUUGUUCUAAUCCUGAUUUUACUAAAAACAGUUAAAAGCUUGCAUUUAAAGUCUAUUGUUUCAAUUUGUUUGUGUUAGAACAAGAGCCGUAAAAUGUUUGUAAGAUAUGAACCUUAAAUGGUUUAUAAUUUAUGUGGUUUCUUUUAUGACACGUAGCAAAUACAGUUAAUUUACAAUAAUUUUUAACUGCAUUACUUCCCUUCUACUUCCUAGUUUCGAUUUUGAUAUUUUAUUGGAGAUAAUAUGAACUUAUGAGUUAUUGAAAUAUUUAGUGAAUAUGUUGAAAAAGAAUAUAUCUAUCAACUGUUACAGUUUAUGUUUAUGAUAACUUUAAAUAUCCAUACAAAGCUGUGACUUGAUAGUUUAUCUACCUUAAAAUUAUUUAAAGCUUAACUGACUUAAUAAAUAAAUAUACGCUUAUGAUCAAACUUAUUGUAUUGAACGAUAUUGCAGACUUGACGCGCGUGUUAAAACCCCUUAUUGAAAAUUAUCCGUUAUUUCAAAGAUGUUGGACGUUUUGUCAAUAAAAGAGUUUUUUUUGGUGAUAUCAACAAUCGGCAUAGAGUAACAAAGUUGGCUUUUUUCUUGCCUUUUCUACUGUAACAGUUAAAGACAUAUUUGACACUUUAACUGUUUCGGCAAUAUACAGCUAUGAUUCAACUGAUAAUAUAUACUGCAAGGGAUUUUUAUUGUUUUAUUUACGUAAGACAUGAUGGGAUGGUAUGGUGUAGUGUUUCAAAGAAGGCUGGUUCCUUUAGUACCUUAACAAGUAAUACUACACCAUACCGUUUAUACGUUACAUUAUUUUCUUUCAAAUGUGUUAUGUAUAUUGAACUUUUAUACUUUUAUUGUUUCUUCUUGUGCUUGUUUAGUUUUUCAAAUGUUUCUUUAUGUAUUUGUUAAUGAAUACAUGAUUUCAUUUAUAGUCAUAUUCUUGGUAAAUAUGAAGAUUUAAUGGCUUUAUCUUUAUGUAAAAUUGUGUAUGAACUAAUGGUCCUCUUCCUGUAAUACUAGAAGCAUGUUGGUUAUGAUACAAUAAGGAACCUAGAAUAUAUUUUGGAGAUUACAAUUGCUUUAGCUUUUGCAAAAACGUUCAUUAACCAGACACAUGAUAUUUUCGCGUGUUUUGAAACAGUUAAAGUGGUGAAUUAAACAUUGCUGCUCUUUUUGCUUCUGCCCAGGUGAUAUUGCAGCUCAGCUUCUAUUGUUCGUCUCCAGGUGGUUGUUGGUCUACCUCUUCUUCUUUUACCUUGAGGAUUCCAAUCCAGAUCUUGCCUAAUGAUGUUGUGUUGGGGUCGCCUCAGAAUGUGUCCUAUCCAAUGCCAUUUACGUUUCUUGAUGGUGCUUGUAAUAGAUGACUGGCCUGUUCUAUUUCACAGUUCUAAAUUGCUGAUCUUGUUUGGCCAUCUGAUUUGUAGGAUCUGUCGGAGGCAUUUGUUGAUGAAAACCUGCAUGUCGUUUUUCUUGGUUUGCUUCCAGGUUUCUGAUUUGACAUUGGUGUCAAAGAUUCUCAGUUUGGUCUUUUGUCUAAUGUUCUUGUUUUUCCAUAACGGUCUGAGGGUCACAAAGGCAUGCCUGGCUUUCCCAAGUCUCGAUUUAAUAUCAUUGUCAGCUCCUCCAUUCUUAGAAACGAUACUUCCCAGAUAUGUUAACUGGUUGACGUCUUCGAUGGAUUGAUUGUCUAGUGUGAUGGCAGAGUUGUUCUGGGUAUUUAUUCUUAAGGACUUGGUUUUAGAGGUGUUGAUCUCCAGGCCUGUUGAUUUUGCUGUUGUGUAAAGAGCCGAUGUUUUCAGAUAGUAACAGUUUAUAAAAUUAUUGAAAAUGAAGUUUUUAAAUGGGUUUGCUUACUGUUGGUAAACCCAUGACUGAUCAAUAAAAUAUGCCUUUAUAGUUAAAAGUGAUAUAAUUAAACGACAACGUUAGUAGUCAUUGGGAAUAAACAGUUACAUAUCAAUUACCCGGUAAAGUGACUUGGUCAGUUUAUAGAAAAGUUGUGAAACCAGAGAUGCACAUUCAGGGUAAACAAUCAAUCACAUAUCACACAUUUAUACAACGAUCAAGUCGAUGAUGAACAUAUAUGCGUGAUUCUAUUUAUAGAUUUUUGUAAGUGAUGAGAUGUAAUAACAUUUAAGAUAGAAUCAUUUUAGAAAAGUUACAAUAAUAAUUUGAUUCGAUUGUCCAGACUGCGAAGAGGAAAACGCUGGCAUAUUUUAAGGGUGACAUAAUAUAGUUAAAUGUACAAUGUAAUGGUAACCUAUAAUGUUAUUUGAAAACAAUUUAUGUAAAUAAAUCUAGGGCACAGACACAGACAUUGGAAAUUGCAAACUAAAUGGUUCUUUUUCUGUAUUACAGUAACUGUAGAAUACUUUCACACAGUCUUGAUGAGUAAAUAGUCUCUUUCAUUUUUUUUACAUUUUACGUAUGUUAUUAAAGCAAAACUUUAUGGAACGCAAAUUGCGAUAUAUGUUUUCCCGCGACAAUAUUUACACGACGGCAUUGCCAUUGCUCAUAUAUUAGAAGAGAGGGGCAAACAAUUACUCAAUUUCAUGCAUCACCGACAAGUUAUUAUUGUGAUAGUUGAUUUUGAUUGAAUGUUUUAGGUUUCUGAUGAUAAUUGCGUGUAUUAAACUUAACUGUACUUAUUCGAAACACAAGUAUGCUUUAUGCAACAUUUUGUCACCUGAGUUAGGACUAGUAUUUGACCAAAACGUCAACUGAUAAUUUUUUAAACAAAACCAUACAAAUACAUAUCUUUAUUGUUUUUGAUAAGAAAAGAGAUGAAAAAAACAUGGUAAUUUUCUAUUCAUUUUCACCAGAAAUACUGGUAUUGUCAAAAGGUUGUUUUUUUCUGCAUUUAUAGAAAAUCUUUAUUAAAAUGUUUAUCUGAAAUUGUCUCAUUAAAACUAUUUUAUAUAAAGUUUUGUUGUUGCUUGUUGAACUUGAACUUGUAG